CGCGUCUCUUCGCCUCUCCGUUCUUCUCGCCCGUUCACUCGGAGAUCCCGACUUCUGGAGAGUUCAACCAAAACACUGUCUGAGCGAACCCCGACGUCGACUCGCUUGUGCGGAAAUCUUCUGUUUUAGUGCCUCCGCCAGUGAUUCGCAACGCACGCACAACUUUGAUGGGGACUUUGAUCAAAGGGCGGGAAAAUGCCUGUUAUGAAAGGAUUGCUCGCGCCACAAAACACAUUUUUGGACACCAUCGCGACGCGUUUUGACGGGACCCACAGCAACUUCAUCCUGGCCAAUGCGCAGGUGUCUCAGGGCUACCCUAUCGUGUACUGCUCGGAUGGCUUCUGCGAGCUGACGGGCUUCGUGCGCUCCGAGGUGAUGCAACAGUGCUGCGCCUGCAAGUUCCUCUACGGCCCCGAGACCGACGACGCCAUCAUCCAGCACGUCGACGCCGCCCUGCAGGGGCGCAGCGAGUUCAAGGAGGAGAUCGUGUUCUACAAGAAAACAGGUGCUCUGUUCUGGUGUCUGCUGGACAUCGUUCCCAUCAAGAAUGAGAAGGGGGAUGUGGUUCUCUUCCUGUGUUCAUUUAAGGACAUCACUGACACCAAAACCAAGUCCCUCCCAGAAGGAAAGAGAGAAGAGCACCUUCAAGGGCAUGUCAAGGGCGGGUCCCCCUUUGGCUCCGCCCGCACGCGGAGCAGCACAGUACUGUACCACAUCUCAGGACAUAAGAAGCACAAGAACAAGAUCAAACUCAACAAGAAUGUUUUUGGGGACCCCCCUGCCCUGCCAGAGUACAAGGUCGCCGACGCCAAGAAGUCAAGGUUCAUCCUGUUACACUUCAGCAGCUUCAAGGCGGGCUGGGACUGGCUGAUCCUGCUGGCCACCUUCUACGUGGCCGUCACCGUGCCCUACAACGUGUGCUUCAUCGGAGACGAGGACAUCACGCGCAGCACGACUGUGACCGACAUCGCCGUGGAGAUCCUCUUCAUCAUCGACAUCGUGUUCAGCUUCCGCACGUCCUACGUGAGUAAGUCUGGCCAGGUGAUCUUCGACGCGCGUCAGAUAUGCUUCCACUACCUGACCACCUGGUUCGUCAUCGACCUGGUGGCAGCCCUGCCCUUUGACCUCCUGUACGCCUUCAAAAUCAGCGUGGCUUCUGUGGUCCACCUGCUGAAAACGGUGCGCUUGCUGCGGAUCAUUCGACUCCUGCAGAAAAUGGACCGCUACUCCCAACACAGCACGGUGGUGCUGACGCUCCUCAUGUCCAUCUUCGCCCUGCUGGCUCACUGGAUGGCCUGUAUCUGGUACGUCAUCGGCAAGAAGGAGAUGGAGGCCAACGCACACACCUGGGACAUCGGCUGGUUGCAUGAGCUGGGGAAGCGUCUGGAGGCUCCGUACGAGAGUGUGAACAGCUCAGUGAGCCUGUCAGGAGGGGAGGGCGGGGGCGGGGCCGCGGCCGGCGGAGGCCCCUCCCUCCGGAGUGUGUACAUCGCCUCGCUCUACUUCACCCUCAGCAGCCUGACCAGCGUGGGCUUCGGCAACGUCUCGGCCAACACCGACGCCGAGAAGAUCUUCUCCAUCUGCACCAUGCUCAUCGGAGCACUGAUGCACGCUCUGGUGUUUGGUAACGUGACGGCGAUCAUCCAGAGGAUGUACUCACGCUGGUCUCUGUACCACACGCGCACCAAAGACCUGAAGGACUUCAUCCGCGUGCACCACCUGCCUCAGCCCCUCAAGCAGCGCAUGCUGGAGUACUUCCAGACCACCUGGUCCGUCAACAACGGCAUCGACUCCAAUGUGCUCUUGAGGGACUUCCCGGAUGAGCUGCGUUCAGACAUCACCAUGCACCUGAAUAAGGAGAUCCUGGAGCUGUCGGUGUUCUCGUCGGCGAGCCGCGGCUGCCUGCGCUCGCUCUCGCUGCACAUCAAGACGUCGUUCUGUGCCCCCGGCGAGUACCUGCUGCGUCAAGGCGACGCCCUCCAGGCCCUCUUCUUCGUCUGCUCCGGCUCCAUGGAGGUGCUCAAGGACGGCAUGGUGCUCGCCAUCCUCGGUAAAGGAGACCUGAUUGGUGCUAACAUGAGCAUAGAGGCCUGUGUGAUUAAGACCAAUGCGGACGUGAAGUCUCUGACCUACUGCGACCUGCAGUGCAUUAACCUGCAGGGCCUGCAUGAGGUGCUAAACCUCUACCCCGAGUACUCACACCGCUUCUGCCAGGACAUCCAGCACGACCUCACCUACAACCUGAGAGAGGGACACGAGAGUCACGUCAUAUCAAGAACAAUAUCCAAUAAGGCCAUAGAUCCACAAGUGGAUGGGCGUGGCAAUGGAGGAGUCAUCCAGCGCUACCAGCCAAUCAGAGAGCAGCAAGAUGAGGAAAGGGAUGUGGAGGAGUCAGAGGAGGACGAGGAAGAGACUGUUCUGUUCUUCGGCGAUGUGCCUGAUAUGAUCCAGAUCAGCACAGCAGAGCUGGCAGCUAAAGCAGAGGAAACCAGAGGUCAGCUCUGCCAUCUAGACCAAGAGGUCACCUCUCUGGGCCAGGAGGUAGCAGAGCUGAGCCGUGUGAUGAGGAGCCUGGCCUUCCUCAUGGAAUCCCUCCUCACGUCACCCCGCGCCCCCCCCACCUGCUCCGCCCACUCACACCCCCCCGCCCCGCACCCCUGGACACCCUGCAUCCCUCUACUGCCCCACCUCGUACAGGUGCAUCCUGGGACAUCUGCAGGGGGGGAGCUGCCCGUGCCCCCCGGGCCCCAAAACCUCCAGCUUGUCCCCCCCCCCAUCGCCUCUUCUAUCCCCCCUGGACACAUGACCCCCCGGCCCCCCUCGCCCAAGGGCUGGGCCCCUCCCCGCAAUCGCUCCCUCAGCCUGGAGACCAUGCCGGCAUCACCACCUCCAUACUCCUACCACCUCAACCCUGGGACCUUCCCCAGGACGGGGCUGCCUUCUCUGGGGGAGAGGCCUCAGGGUUGCCCCCCUCACCCUGGAUGUCUGUAGCCGAGCCAAUGUGUGGACUGAACACUAACUGCUGGAGACUACUAGGGAACUGCUCCAGAUGGACAGACCCCCCCUCUCUCUCUCACCCCUCUUUCUCUCUCUAUCUCUGGACAUGUGAAACAUAACUUUUUUUCCUUUUCUUUCGUAAUGGAUCCAUCUUCAGACCGUGGAGAUAACCCUGGUCUGCCGUUUGGUCUCUGCCGUCGCACUGGCCCAGCUCUCUCCUCAGACAGGCACACAGGGCCUGAGACACUGGGGUCUGCUGGGUGGGUGGUGGUCUACUCUGGAGGUCUCCAAAGAGGUGACGGAUCAGAGAUGGUGGACCAGCCGUUCUGUUGGAGGGACAGAUCGUCGCUGCUUGUGUGUCUGACUGCAUGGAAUCAGACAGACAGUAGUGUAGCCAUAGACCAUAGGUGGAGAUGCUCUCU